AAGAAGACUUUUCUGCAGACUUUUUUUUCUGCGUCCGUUGGCUUUUAUUUUGAAACGUGUCACUUCCGUGUUGUUAUUUGUAUCACCGCUGACAUGUCUAAUAGAUGUGUUGUGUUCUGUGUUUUACUGACCGGAUUCUGCUUCAUUUCAUGGAAACACUCGUUGAUUGGUGUUAAAGAUGCUCUGAAGUUGGCUGGACGAGGGUUCAUAUUCCUGGGCAUCUGCACAUGGCUGAUUUACAUGUUCCCGAGGCUGAAAUAUUUCUUCUUUCCAGUGUGUCAAGAGCUGCCAGACAGCCCUCUGCUCGAAUCCAACAAACAGAAACAAGAGCAAGUUAGAAGAGUUCAACAACAUCAACACAAUGACAAGACAUCUGACUAUACUGAAAGUGUGAUAAAGCCGAGGAAGAACAUGUUACUCGAGCAGAGACUGGAACGAUACCAUCGGAUGACAGGAGAGACCUGGAAACUGAGCCAGGGUUUUCCAGUCGGGGGGGAAGAGGACCAGGAGUGUGGUGAUGCUGGUGGAGACGAGAAUCCUAAUCAGGGAGCCAGAAGGAGACGCAAGCUUCUUCAGACCGUUACCCAAGAUCCUGUCCAACAGGAAGUGCCCAAGCAGAAGAAGGUCAUAGUUUUGCCUGACGAGCCAUCAGCGGAUACUGAGGGGGUUGUAAAAAUAGCUCUAAGAUGUCCAAGCGGAAGAACGAUCUGCAGGAGAUUCCUCAAAACCUGGAGUUCUCAGCUGCUUCUUGACUGGAUGAUGAAGACAGGAUACCAUCCUGCUCUCUACACACUGUGUACAUCCUACCCCAGGACAGUGCUGAUGGCCGAGGCAGACGUGAGCCUGGCGGAGGCUGGCAUUCUCACCAACACAGUGCUUAAUGUGGAGGAGAAAGAGCCAUUCUUUACCUAAGAACACUUCUGUUUCUGAAAAGCUUUUAUUGGACUUAAUAGAGCUGGUUAUGGAUAUCAAUGUCAGUGCUGUAAUAUCAUGCACCAGUUGAUGGGACUUUAUUCUUUACAUGUGACAUAAUUGGGAUACAUUCAGUGCAAAUACUUUUCAUGUGCAAAUUAUGCAUAAUUUUAUGCUAAUAUUAUAGUAAUUACAUAUAACGUGUAACAAAGAAAUCUUAAAAUAAAAAUGUUACCCAAAAUAA